AUGGUUAUGAAUGGAGUCACCGGAGUCACCAUUACACUUGGAUCUUAUACAGGUAUACAACAAGAAGACUACCUUUGCAUAACACAGACUGAUUUCUCCCAGUAUGAUUCAGUGGUUAUGCCUUCGAAGAUUCGAUCCGAGAUCUUGUCGAUGUUACAAGAAGACGCCGCUCCACCAAGUAUGCUAUCGCAAAUGGACGCAGAGAUGGGUCAUACUUUCGCGAACGCUAUACACAUAUUUGCACAACGGCAUGGCAUUUCAGUUGAUGAUAUCGACUUGAUUGGAUCCGGAGGGCAGCUCGUAACCCUAACCGGUGCUCCGCCUCGAGGACAACAUCGAUCGAACAUGUGUUUAGGAGAAGGAGCUGUGAUAUCUGCAAAAACAGGUGUAACAACCGUUUCCGACUAUCGGACGGCAGAACAAGCAGUCGGCAGACAAGGUGCUCCUUUAUUUGCAUAUUUGGUCGGGCUAUUAUUGCAUCAUCCUACGAGAUUACAAAUUUGCAUAACAAUUGGAGGUAUUACAACUAUAUGUUUUAUCCCAUCCGAUAAAAAGGGCGGAAUAGACGCAAUGUACGACUGGGAUACAGGUCCAGGCACUUGUAUGAUUGAUGCAGCCUAUCGUCACUUUGGCCUCGAUCCGCAGACGGAUCAGCCCUCUUUCCUACACGGUGAAAUAUGUCAUGAAAUAGUCGAGCAACUCCUAACCAACGAUGAAUAUCUCAGCACACGACCGCCAAAAACCACGGCCAGGGAAAUUUAUGGUGACGCUAUGGCAUAUAAGAUUAUAGGCAUGUGUGCAUAUCGAGGUUGUUCACCUGCAGAUACAAUAUCAACCAUCACACGUUUUACUUCUGCCAGCAUAGCCCAACAGAUCCUCCUCUAUGGUCCCGGUCGUGACGCUGUUAACGCAGCUGAUAUAACCGUCGAUGGCCGCGGCAUGGCACACACAUCUUUGAUCUCAGACCUCCAAGCUGAAUUCCCAAAAGCCCGUUUUGGCAGCUUCGAUAAAACUGGCAUCCCUUCAAAUGCGAAGAAAGCAGUUGGAUUCGCAAUGCAAGCAAUGGAAGCAUUAUUGGGACGAGCAUUGCCAGUGCCGACUAAUGCGGAUGUAAGGAGACCAAAUACUAUUACGGGAAAACUAGCUCCAGGACUUAGGUGGAGGGAGGUCAUGGAGAAGAGUGUUAGGUUUGGCGGAAACGGGAGAGGAUGGGAGGGGCUUCCUGAAGUUAGAGAGUUGGUUGUUAAGCAGAGGGAAUGA